UGCUAUCAUUAACUAAAAGCAAAACUGAACAUACAAAAUAUUAAUAAAUGCUGCAAUAGUACAUAAAUAAAACAAAACUAACAAUGCUGUAUAAUGUAUUUUAACAGGUGCAAAGUUUAAAACAUGUCAAAGCCAUUAAAAGUAACAAUGUGGAUAAAGGCGUAACCUUAAAAGUGUCAAAAUGCAGUGCCUGUAAGCUGAAGCUUUAGGCGGGAGUUGUUUGGAUAAUACCAAUUCAGAUGUGCCUCCUUUUACUUCAUAUGUAGGCCCAUUGUUACUUGACAGACUAUUUCACAUGACGCGUUCAGAGCACUGACAGCACUGUGAAUGCAUGUGUUGUCAGAAAAACAUGCACGAAGUGAAGGACCACAAGUUCAUCGCACGCUUCUUUAAACAACUGACCUUCUGCAGCCACUGCACCGACUUCAUCUGGGGUUUCGGCAAGCAGGGCUUCCAGUGUCAAGUGUGCGGUUUUGUGGUCCACAAACGCUGCCAUGAGUUUGUUACUUUUUCAUGCCCUGGGGCCGACAAGGGCCCCGCAUCAGAUGACCCUCGAAGUAAGCAUAAGUUCAAGGUACACACAUACUCCAGCCCCACAUUCUGUGACCACUGUGGUUCUCUACUGUAUGGGCUCAUACACCAAGGGAUGAAAUGCGACACUUGUAUGAUGAAUAUUCAUAAACGAUGCGUGGAGAAUGUUCCCAGCCUGUGUGGAACAGACCACACCGAGAGGAGAGGACGGCUGCAAAUCAUUGCUAGUAUCACAAAUAAUGUUCUUACCGUGACCAUCAAGGAAGCUCGUAACUUGGUGCCAAUGGAUCCAAACGGCCUGUCGGAUCCAUACGUGAAGCUUAAAUUAAUUCCAGACCCAAAGAGCGAGAGCAAAAAGAAGACCAAAACCAUCAAGUGCUCCCUCAAUCCUACCUGGGACGAACACUUCAGCUUUAACCUCAAAGAUACAGAUAAAGACAGGCGUCUGUCAGUGGAGGUGUGGGAUUGGGAUCUGACCAGCAGAAAUGACUUCAUGGGGUCGAUGUCUUUUGGCAUCUCUGAGCUGCUGAAACAAGGAGUCGACGGAUGGUUUAAAUUGCUGGGCCAAGAGGAAGGGGAGUAUUUCAACGUUCCAGUUCCACCAGACGGAGAGGAGGGCAAUGAAGAACUGCGGCAGAAAUUUGAGAGAGCCAAGAUUGGCCCUGGCACCAAGAAUACAGAUGGCUCUUCAAAGAAUGACAUCUCCAAAUAUGAUGCCAAUGGCAACCAAGACUGCAUGAAGCUCUCAGACUUCAACUUCAUCAUGGUGCUGGGCAAAGGCAGCUUUGGCAAGGUGAUGCUGGCCGAGUGUAAAGGCUCCGAUGAGCUGUACGCAGUGAAGAUCCUGAAGAAGGAUGUGGUCAUUCAGGAUGAUGAUGUGGAGUGCACUAUGGUGGAGAAGAGAGUCCUCGCGCUCUCUGGCAAACCACCCUUCCUCACCCAGCUCCACUCGUGCUUUCAGACCAUGGACCGUCUUUACUUUGUGAUGGAGUAUAUCAACGGUGGAGAUUUGAUGUAUCAGAUACAACAAGUGGGAAAAUUUAAGGAACCCCAUGCUGUGUUCUAUGCUGCAGAAAUUGCCAUCGGCUUGUUCUUUCUUCAUUCAAAGGGCAUUAUUUACAGGGAUCUGAAGCUGGAUAAUGUGAUGUUGGACGCUGAAGGCCACAUUAAAAUUGCAGAUUAUGGCAUGUGCAAGGAGAACAUGUUUGAUGGGGCCACAACCAAAACCUUCUGUGGCACUCCAGAUUACAUUGCCCCAGAGAUCAUUGCAUAUCAGCCGUAUGGCAGGUCUGUCGACUGGUGGGCUUAUGGAGUUCUCCUCUAUGAAAUGCUGGCAGGACAGCCCCCUUUUGAUGGCGAGGAUGAAGAUGAGCUUUUCCAGUCCAUCAUGGAGCAUCAUGUGUCUUACCCCAAAUCCAUGUCCAAAGAAGCAGUGGCUAUAUGCAAAGGGCUGAUGACCAAGCAUCCAGGGAAGCGUCUGGGCUGUGGACCGGAGGGAGAGCGAGACAUUAAGGAACAUGCUUUCUUCCGCUACAUGGACUGGGAAAAACUACAAAAUCAAGAAGUUCAACCUCCCUUCAAACCUAAAGCAUGCGGUCGAGACGCAGAGAACUUUGAUCGUUUUUUCACCCGCCAUCCUCCCGUCCUGACCCCUCCUGACCAGGAAGUGAUUCAAAACCUGGACCAAGAUGAAUUUCAGGGCUUCUCGUACAUUAAUCCAAAUUUCGCAUCUGUGAAAUCCAAGUAGCCAGUUUUAGCCAAGCUCAAAAUAGGGUCCAAUGAGAUUUACAGAUCUUGAAAAUUAGCCAAUGAGAGAGUUUGGCCAGAUUGAUGGAGGAAUGGAGGUAAUUUUGAUUCAUAUUGUUCCUUUCUGCUUAUUAUAUUUUGUUUGAUUUAAAAGGAUCAUGGAAAGAGAUUAACUUUACCUUUGUAAAAGAACCUAUAAGGAGUGAAUUUUUGGCAGCCUUGCAAGAUUUUGACUAUUUGAUGCUUGUAUAUCAUAGACUGUAGUUUUAUAGAUUUAAAAAAGAAUAAAUCCAGUGUUAUGGACACAUUUCACCCCAGAUAUUUUAU